CCCCGCAACCCUAACGUCCUUCCCCUUUUUCAUCUCCCAAAUCUCAAAUCCCCUUUCGCUCGCCGCCUCCCAAAUCUCAAAUCCAUCCAGGAAGAAGGAGGAGGAGGAGAAGAUGAGGGAGAUCCUUCACAUCCAGGGCGGGCAGUGCGGCAACCAGAUCGGCGCCAAGUUCUGGGAGGUGGUCUGCGCCGAGCACGGCAUCGACGCCACUGGCCGCUACGGCGGCGACUCCGACCUCCAGCUCGAGCGCGUCAACGUCUACUACAACGAGGCCUCCUGCGGCCGCUUCGUGCCCCGCGCCGUCCUCAUGGACCUCGAGCCGGGGACCAUGGACUCGGUGCGCUCCGGCCCCUACGGCAACAUCUUCCGCCCGGACAACUUCGUCUUCGGCCAGUCGGGGGCCGGGAACAACUGGGCCAAGGGCCACUACACCGAGGGAGCCGAGCUCAUCGACUCGGUGCUCGACGUCGUCAGGAAGGAGGCGGAGAACUGCGACUGCCUGCAAGGGUUCCAGGUUUGCCACUCCCUGGGUGGCGGCACCGGCUCCGGCAUGGGCACCCUCCUCAUCUCCAAGAUCCGCGAGGAGUACCCCGACCGGAUGAUGCUCACCUUCUCCGUCUUCCCGUCGCCCAAGGUCUCCGACACCGUCGUCGAGCCGUACAACGCGACGCUCUCCGUGCACCAGCUCGUCGAGAACGCCGACGAGUGCAUGGUGCUCGACAACGAGGCGCUCUACGACAUAUGCUUCAGGACGCUCAAGCUCACAACGCCGAGCUUCGGCGACCUCAACCACCUCAUCUCCGCCACCAUGAGCGGCGUCACCUGCUGCCUCCGCUUCCCCGGCCAGCUCAACUCCGACCUCCGCAAGCUGGCCGUCAACCUCAUCCCGUUCCCGCGCCUCCACUUCUUCAUGGUCGGCUUCGCGCCGCUCACCUCCCGCGGCUCCCAGCAGUACCGCGCCCUGACGGUCCCGGAGCUCACCCAGCAGAUGUGGGACGCCAAGAACAUGAUGUGCGCCGCCGACCCCCGCCACGGCCGCUACCUCACCGCCUCCGCCAUGUUCCGCGGCAAGAUGAGCACCAAGGAGGUGGACGAGCAGAUGCUCAACGUGCAGAACAAGAACUCCUCCUACUUCGUGGAGUGGAUCCCCAACAACGUCAAGUCCACCGUCUGCGACAUCCCGCCCACCGGCCUCAAGAUGGCCUCCACCUUCAUCGGCAACUCCACCUCCAUCCAGGAGAUGUUCCGCCGCGUCAGCGAGCAGUUCACCGCCAUGUUCCGCAGGAAGGCCUUCCUGCACUGGUACACGGGCGAGGGCAUGGACGAGAUGGAGUUCACCGAGGCCGAGAGCAACAUGAACGACCUCGUGUCCGAGUACCAGCAGUACCAGGACGCAACCGCCGACGAGGAGGGAGACUACGAGGAGGACGAGGAGGAACCAGAAGACCUCCAGGACUAAGCACCGCUACUAGCUGAUCCAUUCAUGUGUGUUGCUUGCUGCUGCUUCCUAUUUAAUCUUAAUGCCUUGUGUUGUUUACUUCCUUGUUAAUCUUAUUAGUGCUUGUUAAAACAGGUAGGCAGAGGCAGGGCAGCACACGAUGGUGUGUGCAAUACUACCCUACCCUGCUGCUUUCAACUGUUAUUUCUCAUGUGUCUGACGAUUAAUUACUACUGUUAGGCAACUUCUUUACCAUCCAAA